AUGUAGGAAUUUGUGGUGUGAAAGUGAUGUCUAUUCUUUGCUUGUCUUUUUUAUUUGUUUGUAGCACAGGAGUUGUCAUUACAAAGGCCUGACUAAGGAGUUAAGGUUAUCCCGUCAGUUCACCACCUGACUCUAGCAUCAAGAGCAAGAAUAUCGGAGCAUUUGUAAACAGAGAGAAGAAACUGAUAAGGCGGUCUUGCACGACUUCACCAGAGCUCAUAUGGGUCAUUAGAUCGUUGUAUCCAUAAUAGUUUGACAGACUCAACCACAAAGGAAAAAAUGAGUGUAACACUGCACACUGAUGUUGGAGACAUCAAGAUUGAGUUGUUCUGCGAGCAGUGCCCAAAAACCUGUGAAAACUUCCUAGCUUUGUGUGCCUCGGGUUACUACAAUGGAAAUCUCUUCCACAGAAAUAUUAAGGGCUUCAUGAUACAGACUGGAGAUCCAACUGGAACUGGUAAAGGAGGACAAUCCAUAUGGGGAAAGAAGUUUGAAGAUGAAGUCAGAGAUGACUUGAAGCACUCAACCAGAGGUACAAUUUCUAUGGCCAAUAGUGGGCCAAACACUAAUGGUUCACAGUUCUUCAUUUCCUACUGCCCACAACCACACCUUGAUCUCAAGUAUACUGUGUUUGGAAAGGUUAUUGAUGGUUUGGAUGUUGUUGAUGAACUUGAGAAGCUCCCAGUGAACCCCAAAAAUUAUAAACCAACUAGUGAGACCAGAAUAAAUUCGGUCACUAUUCAUGCCAAUCCAAUAGCUGGGUAAUUAAUGGAAUAUUUUGUUUGUAAGAUGAAUAAUGAAGAAAUUGUUAAA